CUCAACCUCAACAAUAAGCAGAGCUAACGUUAUGUUUAUAACAGAUAGAGACACUGAAAAGCGUGGAAUUGCUGAAAUCCGAGACAGGGUAAUUGUUGUCAGAUGCAUGCUACUUAUUAGCGAAUUGUAAAAUUUCGCAAGAAGAAAAGAGUACCGUACAUCGACACGACGCGACGUCGCGUUAACACGUUGACUGCCGCGCGUGUUUUCAACGAAAUCUCCUUCAUGCCACGAAUGCUGCAGUACCAAGCGUACUCUGCUAGACUGCCACCGAUAUUUAAGAUAACUUAAAAUCUCUGGCCUAAUUCGUUACAAUGCCGAAAAGAAAAAUGGAAAACUUAUUUCUUAGUGAGUCAAACAGCAGUGAAAAAGAAAGCUUUUACGAGGCUUACGCAAAUUCGGAUAGCAGCGAUGAGAAAGAAAUCAGAUUUCCUAGAAAUAGAAAUAGAAAUAGAAUUACAUCGUCUGAUUCUGAUUCGGAUAUUGACAAGUACAAUCGUAGUGAUAGUGAAUGUAACGAAGAUACCGUCGACGAGAUUUUACAAGAAUUGGUCAUUGAGGAAGAAAGAAGAACUGAUGAUACCGAGAAAAGUACAAUUCAAUUUGAAGAAUGAAAUGAAUUUAGUGGUUGGCAGAAAUCAUUUUUUUCCAGAGACAGACAGCCUCAUUAGGCAAUUACCUGGCGAUGUUAAUCUAUAUGACGUGUUCGAGCUGUUCGUUGAUGACGAAAUAAUAUAUUUACUUGUAUCAGAAAAUUGCAACAAGGAAGGAUGUAAAUAUUAGAAGAUUUAGAGAAUUAUUAGCUGGA